UAAACAUUUCCCACACUGUGCUCUACCAAAUCUAGUUGGAGAGGCCUAAUUACUUUUAUUACUGACAGUAUCUGCAAUAUGCUCCGAAAAAUUAUAUGGUAACAUUAAAUGUUUUGACAUCUUUUUUUUUUCUUUUCACAGACCUUUCAGAUCCCUCCUCACAUCCAUCUAUCUCUCUAUCCUUUAUAGCGACCCAACGGCACUUUUAAGAGCCACUCGUCUGUCUGUCUAUCCAUACAUCCGUUUAUAAUCUGAUUAUAGAUAAUCAAUUUGUCUAUCUACCUAUCUGUUUGUCUAUCUAUAUAUCUAUCUGUCUAUCUCUCUAUCUACUUACCUACCUACCUCUCUGUCGUUCUACCUUUUUGGCUUUCUUUCUGGCUGUUCAUCUGUCUGUCUGCCUGACUGGAUACCAUGCCAGGUUCAACCCAAAAGACCUGCCAGUCAUGCAAGGCACAAAUAAAUGUUGGCUGUAAACACUGCAAGCUGUGUGGGGCUUCUCAGCCCCAGAAAGUGAAAUUGCAGCAGGCCAAAGACAAAGCAUCAAAGGAAUGGGCCCAAAAAAUGUUGAAUGGAAGAAACACCUCAAAGCUGAUAAAUUCCACCAAUCUUCUACUCCACAAGUUUCACAUGUUGGGUUAUUACCCCCUUCUUCUUCUUGGGAGGAGGAAGACGAGGCAGGCCACAAAUUUUAGGGCAGAUGUUUUUUAUCCUCAGCAGUUUUCUUCAGAAAUGGAGAGGACAUCAAUUUCUACAAUUCGUUUGCUGUAUGAAGGUCUUCUAAAAGUGGCUCUUAAUCCAGAAGCCAACCCCAACUCUUCAAAUGCUCCUGAGACCAACACCAGCUCUGCCCAUACUCCUGAGACCAACACCAGCUUUUCACAUGCUCCUGAGACCAACUUCAGCUGUUCAGAUGGUCCUACAGAGAACCCCAGCUCUUCAGUUGCUCCCCUUCAUACUGAACCUACAUACACCUUAAUUCUUACUCCUGUUACAUCUGAAAAGGAAAAUUCCACAGUGGUUCUUAAUCUGGAAGUCAACCCCAGCUCUUCAGAUGAUCCUGAGACCAGCCCCAUCUGUUCAGAUGCUCCUGAGACCAGCCCCUUCUCUUCAGAUGGUCCUGAGGCUAGCCCCAGCUUUUCAGCUCCUCGUGAGCCCCGCAGCAGCUCUUUAGAUGAACUCAAUCCAAUUCUCUCCCCUGUUACAUCUGGAAAUGGGAAUUCCACAGACAAGUACCCCUGCAAGAAAAGAACACAAGAAGUAACACCAAAUGUGUCCAGCUCGACAUUUAAUCGUACUUUUCCCUGCAAGAAAAGAAGAAUAAAGAUCAACCCAAGUGAAUGCCCUGUCCACACUAUGGCUGACACCUACCCAGUCCAAAAAAUUUUAUCACAGAGGGUAUCAAAAGAGGGCACAAAAGAGGUCAAAGUCCGUUGGCAGCAGUGUUCUGGGUGUGGCAUCAAGUGGAAAGACACAUGGGAGCCUUUCAACGAGAUAUUCCCGUAGUAAUGAUUUGAAAUAAUACUCUAAAUUAUUCAUUUUGGAAUUUUGAUGUUUAGCAUAACUAUUUCUAGGUGAUGUGUUAUUUAUUCAUCAUUACCCUUGUCAUUCAUAAGGUUAUUAUUGUUCAAUAAAGAUAUUGUGCAACAUCUUA